AUGAGGCGGAAUAGAGGCUCACAUUCUCCGCCUUCGCCCUACAGGGCCCUGGCUCACCAUCCAGCUACUGGCCAGCUUCCCGACUCGGCCUCCUUGAUCAGGUCCUUCAAUGUCGAGACGAACCCAACACGGCCGAUUCGUCCAUCUCCACUCACGGCCUCGACCAUUCCGGACAUGCCGCUGGACAUGGUUGAUCGCAUGAGGUCCUUCCCACUCUUCAUGACCGCGCCCGAGGAGUUCCUGGUAGCCAUUGGCAAGCAUCUAAGACCCCAGAUUCACUCGGCGCAUGAUCACGUCCUGACCGAGGGAGAUGAAGCAAAGGCAAUGUACUGGCUGGUCCGUGGCGUUGUUGCUGUGACAUCCCGUGACGGGGAAGCUGUGUACGCAGAACUCAAACCGGGUUCCUUCUUCGGCGAGAUCGGAGUCCUCAUGAACAUGCCGCGAACAGCCACCAUCAUUGCGCGAACGAAAUGUCUUCUCCUCGUCCUUAAGAAGGAGGAUCUCUCCUUGGAGCUGCCCGGAUUUCCCGACAUGGAAAAGGCAAUCCGCCACGAAGCCCACGAACGUCUGACAAUCCUGAACAAAAAGCGACAAGAACGCGCACAUGAAGGGAAGAAUGUGAAAGGGCCAACGGCAACACGAGAGGCAGCGCCCGGGGAAGUCUCAACGGGCGAGGUGGGCAUCAUCAAAGAGGGCGCUGUGGUGAACACGAAGAAGAGAAAAUCCCCCAGCCCAGGCGUCAUCGAAGAUUUGACCACGGGCAGCGCGUUGGGCAGCGGCCUGGUUAACGUCCGGCAGACUCUCAAGGAGCUUCCCCUAUUCUCGGCGCUCCCUCCUGACAUCCUGCACUUUCUCGGCAUGAGUGCGCAGCCCAAGACCUACUCUCCCUUCACCGAUAUAAUCCGCCAAGGGACCUCGGGCAACGACAUAUUCUUCAUUGUGCGUGGGGAGGCAGAAGUCAUACACGAAGCACCGGAGGGGCAACAGCCAAAAAGGGCGACGCGUUCGUCUCUAAUUAGACCACGUCUGAGACAAGGCCAGUACUUUGGCGAGGUAGCCAGCCUGGGUCUAUCACUCCGACGAACGGCGACGGUCAAAUCCAUCACGACCGUUGAGUGUCUCAUGAUCAGCGGUGAGGCUUUGGAUGGGCUGUGGAAGCGGUGUCCGCCUGGUAUCAGAAAGCAGGUUGAGGAGACGGCGAGGAACCGGAUCAGGACAGGCGACGAGGACAUCGAAAUGAGUAACGUACAGAAACCAGAAAAGAGCAACUCGCCGUCGACGCCGACGAGAACCGCGCCACUAGUCACCUUCACCACACCCUCAAAGCCAGCUUCACCUAUCAAGGACGAGUCAGACCGGAUGAAACCCAAGGACCCCGAUCCGUACCUCAGUGUGGACAUGGAGAACCUGCGCAACCGCCGCAGAGGAUCUCUCGCUCCCCCGACUCCACCUGGCGACUCGCCCGGCACGCCCACCACCAACGGCAUCCGGGUGCGCAUGAUCGAUACGUUUACGCCCGUGCGAUUCUCCAUACCGGCCUUGUCGUCCCCGGACUCGGAAGGGCCGGCAAAGAAGGCCAGGCUGCUACCGAGACGGCCUCAUCCCAGCUCGGAGCCGCUUCUCCCUGAUGAUAUCUUGGUCUCUAUCUUCCAAUACCUCGACAUAGCGAAUCUCAUCCGCAUGAGACAAUUGUCAUCACAUUGGCGGACUAUCACGGCAACUUCACCAAAACUGGGCUUGCACGUGGACUUGGCCCCAUACAAUCGCACCGUCACCGACGAGGUGCUCAUCCAAACAAUCGCGCCCUUUCUUGGACCGCGACCGAUCUCGGUAGACGUAAGCAACUGUUUCCAUGUUACCGACGAAGGAUUCUCGGCCUUGUGGAAGAUGUGCGGCAAGAACGUGAAGACGUGGAAGAUGAAGUCAGUGUGGGAUGUCUCGGCCAACCAGAUCUUGGAUAUGAGUGACCAUGCUAAAGACCUCGAGGAGGUUGAUUGGAGCAACUGUCGUAAAGUCGGCGAUAACCUGCUGGCCCGGGUCAUGGGCUGGGUCGUGCCGGAUCACCCUCCUCAGGCCACGAAGCAGGUGGUGAUAGCAAGUUCGUCCUCGCGUCUCAAGGGUCAGAAGAAGACCCAGACACAGACAGUCACCCUACCUCCUCCAGGCACCGUCAUCGGGUGUCCGAAGCUCAAGCGUCUCAAUCUCUCGUACUGCAAGCACAUCACCGACCGUUCGAUGGCGCACAUGGCAGCCCAUGCAUCGAACCGACUGCAGUCCAUAUCCCUCACUCGCUGUACGUCCAUCACCGACGCCGGCUUCCAAUCCUGGGCGCAGUUUCGGUUCGUCAACCUUUCGCACCUGUGCUUGGCCGACUGUACCUAUCUCUCGGACAACGCCAUUGUGGCGCUCGUCAACUCGGCCAAGGCGCUGACGCAUCUGGACCUGUCGUUCUGCUGUGCGCUGUCAGACACGGCAACAGAGGUCGUUGCUCUGGGUCUCCCCCAACUACGCGAACUCAAGAUGGCCUUCUGUGGCAGCGCUGUCAGCGAUAACAGUCUUGCCUGCAUUGCGUUGCACCUCAACGGACUCGAGCGCCUGAGUGUCAGAGGGUGUGUUCGCGUGACCGCUGUCGGCAUCGAGAGCGUCCUCGAUGGCUGUGGCAGAUUGGCAUGGACGGAUAUCAGCCAAUGCCGCAAUCUGGAGGGCUGGGUCAACGCUGGUGGUGUUACGCGAUGGGGCUUCGACGAGAAUGCCGAUGGCAAGCCCGAAGCGGCUGCCAUGAGAAAGAGGAUCGUCAUUCCACCCCGGGGCGUGCGCAAUAGGCGCGCGAGACGUCCAGUCGCCUUUGUCGUGGAGAAGGGCGCUGGCGGACUGCGAUGA